AUGUAUGAACUCAUAUGCAUCUACCAGAAAUCACAGCUCUUUACAUUAUCCCCAAGUCCUAUGCUGACGGCUAUAUUUGUGAUCCACAGCAAGGAGACAGAUGACUGGACGCUUCAGGUGCAGUACAGCCAGCCUCGAGACUCAGGUGCCUACAAGUGCCAGGUGAACUCAGACCCCAAGAUAGUCCGCAAUGUUUACCUCAGUGUCACAGUUUUGCAUUCUGCCAUGGAAUUAUUAGUCCAAUUGCUGUUGUCAGUGUUAGAAGUUAAUCCUGAAUUUGUAAAAGCGAGUACAUCUCUCCGCCGGAAUGCAAGGGAUGAAUAUGGAAUACCCGAACCUAUAGGAAAAACUAUAGUCGAUGUUGAAAAUAAGCGCUUCUUGGACGGCAAUCUGUACAAGCUGCCCCCCACCAACAGCGAGGAAGUGCAAACACUCACAGAAUAUGGAUCUGCUCCCAACAGGGAAACCAUUUCCCUUUAA